UGUCAAGAUUCCACUCUGCAUGGACCUGGUCGGACUGUGGCGCUCAUUUCCUCGUCCGCGCUCCAUCGCGGUCGACUCCGGCCCACGCCGGAGAUGAUUUGACCAAACGAGCCGCAGAGACUGCAUGCAAAUAUUAUUUGCUCAUGGCGGGUGGAUGAGCCGCAGCGGGGAUGUGUCACAUGACGACUGAGCUACUGACAGCCUGCAACUGUCUGCUGGCCAAAUGGGGUGUCAAUGCUGCCGGAUGAUGAAAAGGAGAGGAGAUGGAAACAAUUUUCUCAGCUUUGCGGGGAGCUUUGUGAAGAAAAGCUUUCAGGGUGAGCGAGGGAGAUCCGCACAGGAGAGUAAACCUCCCCCAUUUGUGAAGACUUGUUGUGUCUGCUCGCCAGGAGGGAGGAAAGAAGCCCUAGUUGAAAUAAUAAGAAGGUUGCUGAAAAUCUUUUUAAAAAAGAGGAACUAGAUUAGCGUGAGUAUUAGCGUGAAAAAGACACCUGGAGAGGUGCAAGAUGGACGAGCUCUGCCGGGGAAGCGAGCCUUGCGGGCUGGCGAAAACAAACAUGAGGAGGAGGAGACGGGUGUGAAAAACACGCCGGUAACAGGAGAAGUCCAACAGUGAGAGCGAGACAGCCCGCCACUGCUCAAAUUUUACAUCGCCGACCCCUCUGCGGCGGUGGACGCGAGGAUGACGGACUCCUUCUACCGGACGCACGACCUCGCAGGCGGUGCCCUCGGGGGCCGCUCGCUCAGGGCCCACCGCUCGCAGAAGGAGGGCUUCCACAACCUGGCCUACAGCAUCUCCAGCGACAGCAACCUCAGACUGGAGGUGGACAACAAUCACGUCAACCACAGGCUGCACGCCGUGCCUCCGCCCAGCAGCCAGCCGCACCUGCGGCCAAGCGCGCCCUCGGCAGAGGGCGGACUCUAUAUCAUCCAGCCGGACGCUCUGGGGCCGCAAUGGGUGAUGCAGGACAAGCGUCACAGUCAGGUGCCGGUGUACCCCGCCGUUCAGGCCUACGACAACCAGAGGGUCUUCGGGGGGCCCAGACCCUGGGACAGCCCCGUCACCCGGCGUGUGACCGCCGACGGGAGCCUUUCGGCAGAUGAGGUGGACGAAGGCGUAGGGGGGACACCCGAGUACCCGUGCGACACCGGGGACGAGGAGAGCGUCUUGUCGGCGGACGUCCAGACCAGCACCGCCAGCCUGUGGUCGGCCGACACCAGAGACGAGCGGAGAUCCAAGGCGCCGGACGUGUCCACGGUAGAGAGCGGUAUCUGUGUGACAAAGAGCGAGGACGAGGAGGAAGAGCCGCGGGAACGGGCGGACGAGGCCGGCAGCGUGACAGAUUCCAUGGUGGCCGAGGCCCUCGCUGCCCUGGAGGCCGCCACGGCCGGAGAGGAGGAGGAGUGAGUGACUCGCGUCGUGGAGGCAAACCCUUUACAAGGUGGGCUGAAGGUUUGAAGGUGAACGGACUGCCUGAAGUGCGUUGACACUCCACAGUCUUCACAGAAUAAUGUGAAACCGAAGCACGGAGCCAGCGUUUCCUCAUCUUAUCUUUCAGAAUUUCCACAUUUACCCUCAUCUCGCUAUCUAUUUUUAUUUAUAUACAUGUGAGAGGAAGAGCACAUUCGUGAUAUCAACAAAUCUCCUCUUUUUAACCAAUGUUCCCUUCCGGCUUGUGAUAUCAGCUCACACUCAAUGAUGAGCCGAUUGAGGCCUGAAAAUACUCAACAGCAGUUGAAGUUGGCGGCCCCAAGCAGGUGCUUAGUUCGCUAAUGAACCAAACCUACUGCCAAAUGAAGACCCUGCUACAUUGUGAGCGCUCUAUAACGUAACGAACUGUGUCCAACGGAUCUUUGCCACUUGUUCUUUUUUUUUUUUUUUUUUUUUAAAUGCUUGUUGACUCCCUCCAGCUUCACCGUGGACUGGAAACUCGCGGCGGAGGCCGCUAAUGAGCUCCCUCGGGCUAUCGCGCCGCCACUUCUGUCACAUCUGAGCGGCACGUGUUUAAGGAGAAACGCAACCGUUGGGUUGGAAUCUUAAAAUUGAGUUCUGCUCAUUGAUUAUGCUCAGUAUCCAUCAGUGACAUUCCAGUAAGAUUUCGUCGAGAGUCUUAAGGAAAGAUCUUGAGACCUGUCAGAAUUUGUGACCCCAGGGGUGAUGUUGCCUGUGGCGUGAGUCUGACAGCAAAACGGAAUGCGUACAGAGAAUACUUUCAUUAACAGAGUAAAAUUAGGUUGCGUCUGAAUUUGUGACACCAGUGGGCGAUAUUGUUUGAGUUGUUAUUAAUCACUGUCAGCCUUCCCAGUUAAAAUGGCUAUUUGACUUCUAAAGCCGUCAAUGGCAGUGAAUGUGUUUAAACGGGAGUUAGCAGUGUUAAAACUGCUAGCAGGAUUUGAACGUAGCUUCACAUCAAUACGAAGCUAGCAUUAGCACUGAAAACAAGCGAUAGUUAGCCACAGCUAGUACGCUGUAAGGACAACUUAUUCAUUAUGGGGUUUUACGAUAACACUGUUAUCAGUUCGAAGUUAUAUUUUUGGGGAAUUCACAAACAAGGAGAAAUGUUGCUAAUUCCGCGUCACUUGCCGGAGAUUCCUUCACUCUGCUUGUUUGCUAGCCCAGUUGUUAGCAAACGAGGGAUGGCCAUUUUUAUUUAUUUUUUUCCCCCCCAUUAUCGGCAGGUGGACGGCACAGAUUCAGGAAUGAGGGUGACCACCACAGACGGUGGCAGAUAAAGAGUACUUGUGUGCAGCAUUUAACUAGGUCCAUUAGGCAGAUACACGUAUGGUCCCCGAGGUGUGUACGUCUGCCUAACGUGUUUGUUUUUCUCAAGGCUUUGUUGCCUUUAAUGAUGUCACCCUUAAUUGUAGCACGCACACGUUUCCAUGUCUCCGAGGAGGCGAGGGGGAAAAACACGGCGGCGAAAAAAAUAAAUAAGCCUCCCUCAUUGUCCGCCACCCCCGACGGUUAAACAUUACAUCCAUUUUAGUGGAAAUUGCAUUGAGCCGUGUUGCUCGAGCCACGGCCGUUAAACAUUGACCAUGCUCCCCCCCCCCCCCCCCCUCUGUUUUCCACGCUGUCACCAUGGUGGCCUGAAUAAUUGAACACCUGAGAGAGAAUUACUGCUUAUGAAUGUGCAUUUGCCACAAAAAGGUUUGAAUUAUAAUGUCGAUGAAACUUUAGGCAUGAUCCCCACUCAAGUAAACACCCUUAUGUUGCGCAACAGGAGUCAAUAUUUGCAGUAAGUAGUGGCUGCUCGUCGCCCGCCCUGCUGCGACCUUGUGUGUUUGGGAAAGGCAGCUCUGCUUAAAGCUCACAGCCACGGGCGGGCGGGGUGACGUAGCCUCGUGUGUUAUGCAGGUCUGGUCCAACCACCGCCACCAUCAACACGGUCCUCAGAAAGCCGUUCAGUUGCACCUUUCAAAGCAAGUGCUACAUCGCCAUAUACACGUGUAUGCAAUAAAAAGUUGUAACCACACACUGAUAAUGAGAAUUAUGUCAGCUCUGUAUACAUUCCUCUUUAUUUCCCAGUUUUAGUUUUUUUUUUUGCAAUUAAAUAAAAAAAACACAGCAGAAAUAAACAAUAAAAAAUA